AUGAAGAAUAAGCCUAUACCUGAAGGCUAUAAAAUCUAUUCACUAUGUGAUACUGGAUAUACAUAUACAUUUAUGUUUAGUUCGCGAGUUGAAGAAGAUACACACUUAGAAUUAAUUGCUGGUAUAAAUAAAGCUGGUUGCACUGUAUGCCAUUUAGCAAAUCAACUUCCUCAUAAUAAAACUUUCUAUAUUUAUAUGGACAACUAUUUUUCGAGUAUUCCUCUUUUUAAACAUUUGCACGAAAAUAAUAUUGGGCAUGCGGAACUUAGAAUAGUUACGAAUGAUGUUUUGACUAUAUUAUGGAUUGAUAAUGGUCCUGUAACAAUGCUUACAACUAUUCAUGAGGCUAUAGUGUAUCAAGUUUUUGGUAACUUGUCACGAAAAGAAUUAGCUAUUUCUCGUGUAAUUGAUGACUAUAACAAUUUUAUGGAAGGUGUUGAUCUUGCAGAUCAACUUCGAGGCUAUUAUAAUUGCCAGUUAACAGUGCGCCGUACUUGGUUUCCAUUAUUCUUUUGGUUAUUAGACACUGUCUUAGUUAAUU